AUGGAAUCACCGAUAGUCCCAGAAAGCUUCACUUCGACAAUGUUGGCCGUUGAACUCAACCGGAUCGCAUUCGCAAAGUUGGUCUAUUCGUUUGAAAUUAAGAAAAGAGAUCUUUUUUUUAUCGGUUUUGUAGAUUUUACGGACCUCGUGAUUUCACAUGAACUUUAUUAUUUUCUCCUUUAAACAAUGAAAAUAUUCUUGUUAGGAAAGUCGCGCAGUCAGGUGGGUACAAAUUUCGCCGUAAAAUUGACCAUGAAUGGGAAUCGGCCAGGCGUGGAAAUGGAAACUUCGAAAAGGCGACGCAGCAUUCAAAUUUGCAUGAUUGAGAAAAAAAAACUCCGCGAGGAGGUGGUAUCAAAAAAACGUCCAAAGAUUUCGAAUCAUUGUUUUUGAAAUCUUUGAACAUCUGCCCAAGACAUUCAAGAACUUUUUUGUGCCUAUUCGGGUCGCACAAAAGAAAAAAAGCUCGCUGAAGUUUUCCUAGAAAAAAGGCCUGAGCAGAGUUUUGAGAUCCUUUUGAAGAGACGGGAUCGGUUUCCGUCGGAUGCGCAACGUCGGUUCUCAAGUGGCCGCUCACAAAAGAGCCAGAAGAACAAUCGGAAGAUUUGGCAAAGUGUUUUUCGCGUGUAAUGGGAUUAGGCGCAGGUGUGAGCUGCCACCGAUACCUUGGCCACGUCUUUUGUACGCCAAGGCUGUUUCCGCUCUGUUGGGAAACGAAAGCAUGUUUUCUGUUGACAACAAAAGUUGAGCUUUCUUCGAACCAAAGCUCCUUUUUUGUGUUCAGACAAAAAAUACUACGUAAAUAUACUUAAGUUUUUAAACUAGCUGAAUUUCAAUUUCGUUAAAAUCCAAUAGGCUUCUUUAAAACAAAAGCCAUGCUCAAACAAUCUGUUUUUCCAGGCGCCAUAUUUAAUCGAAAAAAAUUGAAAAUUGUUUUCAUAAAUCCAUUUCUCCACAAACUCUUGCGAAAAAAUUUUCGGUUACUUUUAGAGCUUUAUGUAAAUGUAAAGACCGUUCAUAAACCCUGCUUGUGAAAUUUUUCGAGCCUGGACAUGGACCUAAUAGUUGGCGUCUCUAAAAAACAUGGCAAGCUUUUUUUUAGAUUAUAAGGUAACUAAUUAUUGAUUCUAGGAUUCUAAAAACGUUACUCAGGCAUCGGGAGCUCGAAUUUUUCCUCAUUCUAGCCUUCAAUAUUGUAAUCAUCAAUCUUUUCAAAGAUGUCUUUCGCGAGACAAAUCCGUUGGAACUCCAAUUAAAGUUGAGAGAACCCCUCAUUCAACCGAUGAUUUCCUGACGGAACACAUUGAGAUCGGAUGAGAAGGACAAGAGGAAAAAAACAGCGUCAGGGCAUGUUUUAAUCAAACGCCACAUUCGUUCAUCGCGUUGUCACACGUCCCCGAAACGGAUCGUUUUACGAUUGUUUGCCCUGCUGCCAAGGAUUACGGUAGCCACACACUCUUUAGAUGCGUCCUGAGAAGACGGCAAAUCGUGGGGAACUGUUCUGAAUUUUGGCAACUCUUGAGAAUUGCUGCUUUUUGAAAAAAAAAACCGAAAAUUGGAGGAAGAAAAAUCAAAAGGAUUAUUGUUUUUCAGAUGCAAGGUCGACGACUACGUAGCAAAGAAAAGGGAGCUUCUAGACGAGUUGAACGAGUACGAACACACGGAAAAGUUUCUCACACAAAAUCAUCCAUUUUCCUAAACUUUUUAUCAUAGAUUUAUCAACGAGACGACGAAAACUAUUCAGGAGCUGAAUAAAGAGAAAGAUGAGCAUUCAGAAAUCAUCCAAAUGAUCAAUCAGGUUGGUUUUUGAGCUCCUAACCGAGUAAAACUCGAGAGAAAGACGGUUUCUCAAUUGCCCUCGAAAAGUAAAUACUGACUUUAUUUCUGAAAAUUAAAAUUCAGGACAAACUCGACCUGGAAAGAGAGAUUGAAGAAGCGCAGUUAGAAAAAAAAGAAAGAGAGACGAAAAUCGCCAAAAAGUACGAGGUAUUCCAGAAAUUGCUCUUUUUGGAUUUAAAUAGCAUUUUCAGUUGUUGUUAAAGCUCGUGGAGCAGACGAACGAAAAAAUCCGAGAAAGUGGAAUUGACGUGGAAAUAAAAGAGGAAGACUUGCCGCAAAAACACAUCCGACGGUAAGGUUAUGUUCAUUUAUCAGACGGAUAAAACCCUCUUUUCGCAACAGAAAAAUGAUGGUUUGUAGGGGGUUUUUUUUACGUUUCGAAGGUGAUUUCGCAAAGUUCAAAAUAGCCAUCAUAAAGUUAAAAUAACGGUAUUUUGGAGAGCCGGAGGCGAUUCGUGGCAACUACUUUUAACACCGAACUAAAAUUUUUUCUGGUUCAUGUCAUCUUCGAAAGCUGUAAAAAGAAAAGAGAUUUUCAUAGUAUUCUGAUCUUGAACGUGUAAUUAUAACACAUUCAAACGAAAGAAAAAUGCAAGAUCAUUAAGGGAAAAAACUAAGAAAACAUUUUAGUAAUUCAAAAUCCUUGAGGCCCAGCGUAGGUUAAUAUAGCGCAGCGCCUGAACGCUUUAUCAAAAUCUUCAGUCUCGGCAGUUUUUGAAAUAUUUCGACACCUACCAAUGUUUAACCCGGUGGUAAAGCGAUUCUGGAACUUUCCCUAGAGGAAACAAAGGUGAAAGGCUACCCUAACCCGAUAUUUUUCUGCUAAAACGUAACCGUCGACGCAAAAAAACCUUUUUUCGUUUUCAAAAUUCAAGAGUUCAGUCUCACGUUGCCGAUACACCCAUCUCGUUUCAGAGAAGAGACGCCGCCGCCGUCGUCGCUGCCGUCGCCGUUUCCCUUGAUGUCGAACACACUGAAGGCCCUCGGCGCGGGAAUGCUGCCGCCUGGAUUCUUCGACCACCUUGGCGCCGCUUUUCCGUCGCCUGUGGCGCCGCACUUCCGGCCUCCGCCGCCGCAUCUUUCUCACGUCAAGCCCUCGGACCAUCAGAGCCCACCUAUGAAGGUGAUUCGUUUCCCUGCUCUGAAAAAUUCCUAACCAUUUCAUUUAACGUUGUUAUCAUCAUUUUACACAUAGAAAGUGCUCUCGUUUCAAGGCUAGCUAAAAAAAUGGAGAAAAAAUGUGUUAGAAAUUAUUCUUAAUCAGUGACGAUUAUACGAAAGUUUUCGAAGUCACAUGUUUUUUUUUGCGGGAUUUGACUUUGGAAGCGCCGCUAAAAUCGAGAUCCUGUCUACAAAAAAUUUAAUAGAAUGAAAAAUGAGAAACGGAAUACAAAUGGUGGAAUGUGGAUUUAUUUCUUCACGCACAGCCGUAUACUCUCUUGAAAACUCUCAUUCAAAAUUUUCUCUUCUACAAAAAAAAAAUUAAUUGUAAUGUUUCGAAUCGAAAACUUUUUCAGACGUGUCAAUCUUGCUACCAACAAAUCCACAGGAACGCCCCGAUCUGCCCGAUGUGCAAAAGCAAAAGUCGAAGCAAAAACCCGAAGAAGCCGAAAAGAAAAGAGCAAUAG